UCAUUUCUUCGCAACGUCUCUAUAAACAACUCGACCUGCAUUGCAGGGAGGGCAAAUUAAUUACUACGUCCACCAUUGUUCGUUGACAAACAGAGCGAAGCCAUAGUUUUGGUGGAAAGGAUGACGGAAGAGAUAGUCAUGAACUCGACCAACAACAUUGACAACAACAAAAGAACUCCGAUGGAUGACAUUAUUGUCAAACAUAAGAAAAAACAGGGUGCUUUUGGCUUUCUCAGAGCUGCAUCACUCAAGUUUCGUCGUCGUUCCCUUGAUCUAAAACAACAGAAAUUUACUCCGGAACCCGCGCCCCCUGUUGAUUCAAAGGGAGAAAAUUGGAAAAAACUGGUAGGGUCCAUGAGGCCUUUACAUCUCCAAGACAACCAAUCACCACCGAGUCCUCGUGACACUCAACCACCACCACCGGCAAAAACUACAUCACUGCCUGUAGAAUUCAGUGAACAAUUUUCCUCAAUGUACUCUCCAACGCCGUCAACGUCCUCCAUUAGCACCAUGAGUCAAUAUGCUUCAGCAAAUAAUCUACAAGAUCUCUACGACGACGAUGAAGAGGAAGAGCAAGAAGAUCCUGAUCAGGUAUUUGAUGCCAUUGGAGGAGAUGACAUGAUUGAUGCAAAGGCAGAGAAUUUCAUUGCUCAAUUUUACGAACAAAUGAGACUUCAAAAAUGAUUCAGGCAAUUAAUCAAACACAUACAAGGCAUCAACAGAGCGUAAUCGUAACCAUCAAAUCAAUUUCCUUCAUUUUGUAGUAGUAAUGCUUUAAAUUUAAUUUACUACUUCUUUUUUUUUAGCAAAAGGUAUAAUAUUUCACAAUUAACGUAGAAAUAUCACUGCCUUUUUUGCUUUAAUGUCUCUUAGAUAUCUACGGUUAAUUCGUUCCAAAAGGAGCAGAAUUUUUCUCUCUCUCAAUAUCAAGAAACUAGUGAAAGAAAAUCCAAAUUAUUUAUGUUCUUUCAUUAUGUUUGUUCUAAAUUGCUGAGGAAAUUACGAUGGAUUACAUCGUAAUUAAAGGAUAUGUAUCGAAAUCUAAGAGAAUUUUUUGUUUAAGAUA